CAUGGAGAGAGUGAGGCGGAGGAGACAGAGCAGAGUUUUGGUGGAGCCAAGGACAACUUUGACUUUUCUCCGUGAUUUUCUUUUUUUUUUUUUCUCUUUAAUGUCGGCCGCCAUGACCAUAUUAAAGCUUUCCAUCGCUUUGCUUUUAGAGUGGAAAUGUUUACAACGAGCCGUGUAGGCUCGUUUUAACACUUAGUUAUGGAUACGUGACGGUGAAAGAAGUUAGAAACUUUCCCGAUCCUGGGAGCGCAGCACAAUGGACUCCAGGCAGAGGAAGCGCUCCGGAGGAGGGACGCUGUGGAGGAUUUACCUCUAUCUAGCCUGCGUGGGCUCAGCGUCCGCUGAGCUCAGAUACUCCGUGUCAGAAGAACUAAAUCCAGGCUCUGUGGUUGGAAACAUCGCGAAAGAUCUGAGCUACACGGCUGAGAGAAUCGUCCAGAGGAAGUUACGGGUGGUCUCCGAGUCAGCGGUGGAGUAUUUCGAGGUGAAACAGGCAACUGGUGAUUUAAUUAUUAAACAAAAAAUUGACAGGGAACAACUGUGCGAACUGAAUCCAACGUGUUCGCAACAAAUACAAAUUAUGCUGGAGGACCCACUGGAGAUUCAUCGCGUCAUGGUGGACAUCCUGGACGUGAACGAUAACGCGCCGCAGUUUUCAACCAGCAAUAUUUCUCUGGAGGUGUCGGAGGCGGCCGCGCCGGGCACACGGUUCCGCCUGGAAAGCGCACACGAUCCAGACGUGGGCACCAACUCCUUACGCACUUACCAUGUGGCUACGAAUGACUUUUUUACACUGAAUGUGCAGACUAAGAGUGACGGCAGCAAGUUUCCAGAACUUGUCGUGGAUAAACCUCUGGACAGAGAAACACAGGCUUCAUUUCGCCUGUUGCUCACUGCCGUGGAUGGGGGUCAGCCGGAGAAGUCUGGCUCAACACUUUUGCUCAUUGGAAUUCUGGAUGUAAAUGACAAUGCUCCGGUUUUUGCCGAGACGGUGACGAAGGUGACGCUGUCGGAAAACGUUGCACAGGGCACUUUAGUUACAAAAUUAAAUGCGACUGACGCUGAUUCUGGCAGCAACGGUGAAAUAUCAUUCCUGUUUAGUAAAUACACACCAGAACGUGUUCUCCAGCUUUUCACUGUGGACUCCAAGAGCGGGGAGAUCCGUGUGAAGGGGGAUGUAGACUAUGAGAAGGCCGCAUCUUAUCACAUCACGGUGCAGGCCAGAGAUGGGGGAUACCCUGCCAUGGAGGGUUCCUGUAACGUCAUAGUGGACAUCAUUGAUGUGAAUGACAACGCCCCGGAGGUGACACUGAUGUCACCGACCAGCUCCAUCAGAGAAGACUCGCCUCCAGAGAAAAUGAUUGCUGUCAUAACCGCUAAAGACCUGGACUCUGGAGACAAUGGAAAGGUUACAUUAACCAUCCCACCAGGUUUACCAUUUAAACUUAUUUUAGCCUUUGAUGGCCAUUAUAGUUUGAAAACUGCUGGCAGCCUGGACCGAGAAACUGUCCCAGAGUACACAGUGGUUAUCAAGGCGACUGAUGCUGGCUCCCCACCCCUCUCUUCUCAGAAAAGUUUUGUAGUGAAGCUCUUGGAUGUAAAUGACAAUGCUCCAUCUUUCUCCCAGCCUUCAUACUCUGUGGACAUCCCUGAGAACAAUUCCCCCAGCUCCCCGAUCGCUGCUGUUUCUGCCACAGACUCCGAUCUGGGUGAGAAUGCUCGGGUCUCCUAUGCCAUCCUUCCCAGCAUGGUCCAGGAUUCGCCUAUCUCUUCUUAUGUGUACAUUAACCCAGAAACUGGACACAUAUACAGCAUGCGCUCCCUUGACCAUGAGAAGCUCAAUGCUUUCCGCAUUCAGGUGCAGGCCCGGGACGCAGGGGAACCCCCACUGGCAACAAAUGUCACUGUACAUGUCUUUGUUGUGGAUAUGAAUGACAACUCACCAGUGAUUGUUCAUCCCUCCUACCCAAAAGACAAAAGACUGCAGCUCACUGUGCCCCCAUCUGCUGGCCCAGGCCACAUCAUAAAUAAACUGGUGGCGGUGGAUGCAGACAGUGGGCACAAUGCGUGGUUGUUUUACUCGAUCGCUCCUGGACCAAAUGUUGGCAUGUUCCGUAUCGGGGCCCACACCGGGGAGCUCCGCACAGCCCGCAAAUGGGCCGAAGAGGAAGAGGGCUAUACUUAUGACCUAACAGUCAUCAUCCAGGACAAUGGUGACCCACCAAGGUCCAGCUCGGUGAACAUCACUGUCACUGUGGAUGAGAAAGCCACAGCCAUCGAUGUUCCAGUGAACACUCGCCACAACCACUUCUACCACCACAACGGAAUGUCUAACAUCACUUUAUAUCUCAUCAUCUCUCUUGCAUGUGUGUCGGGUGUAGCUUUCAUCACAUUUAUGGUUCUCAUGGUGCGCUGCCUUAGGCACCGCGACUCAGGGCUGGGAGACUCUGAAUGCUGCUGCUAUGGCCGCCACAGGUCCAGCCGCUACCAUCAGAGGCCCAGCAAAGACCUGCACCUGCAGCUCAACACCGACGGACCCAUACGAUAUAUGGAGGUGGUGGGAGGGCCCCAGGAGCCACACACACGCACCUAUCGACCCUGCUACUCCACUAUAUCUAGUCGUAGUGACUUUGUAUUUAUGAAGACACCCAUGCUGAGUCAAAACAACACACUCAACAUGACGCUCAGCAGGAAGAACCUCAUGAACUCAACCAUUGAGCAAAAGCCCCCCAACAAUGACUGGCGCUUCACACAAGGACAGAGACCAGGACCUAGUGGUCCCCACAUGCCGUACGGUACACACAUACGAUGGACGCCGAAGAAUGGGACAAGGGCAACUGGAGGACCCGAGGUAGCCAUGGGAACUGGCCCCUGGCCCCAGCCCCCCACCGAAGCCGAGCAGCUUCAGGCACUGAUGGCAGCAGCCAACGUAAGUGAGGCGACGGCCACCCUCGGGCCCGGCACCAUGGGCUUGAGCACCCGCUACAGCCCCCAGUUCACCCUGCAGCACGUCCCCGACUACCGCCAGAACGUGUACAUCCCCGGGAGCACGGCCACCCUCACCUCCAACCCUCAGCAGCAGCAGGCUACGGCCCAGCAGGCCACGCAGCAGGCGCUGCCUCCGCCUCAGGCCUCGGCGCAGGCUGAGCCUCCGAAGGCCGCCCAGACCCCCGCCUCCAAGAAGAAGUCCACCAAGAAGGAGAAGAAGUAGAUGCUGGUGGAGAGGAGGUGGAGGCAUGAUGAAGUGAUGAGGAAACCCAACCCCCCCACACCCCACCAUUAGGUAUCUGCUGUCACAUGGACGCUGUUGGUGGUUCUUUGAAGAUUUUCUCCAAGAAUCCAAAUGUGCUGGAGGUUUUAGUGUUACUAACCCAUGUUGUGCUUAAAGGUCUAGUAUUGUUCAUGUAAUCUUUGUGGGUAGAUAUUUUUUGGCUGGGUAUGGGGGGUUGCUGUUCUUUCCUCUCCCACCCCACCCCCCAAUUAUUUUCUUUAAAUGAAAAAAAUAAAAUAAAAUUAAUGGACAAAGAGAUUCAGUGUAGAAAACCUUGCUGGAAUGACAAGGCUACACACAGCGAUGUAUUCAGAGAUGAAAAGUUAAUGUCUUUCAUGUUGGAUUUAUUGUGCACUUUCCGAAAGUGGAAAGCCGGCUAUUGUAAAGUUCGCUAGUUGCCAUUCAUUAUAUUCCUCUGUAGGGUCAGCCGUAAAGCAGGUAUUACAGACUCUUCUGCAUGCUCAUUAAGGUUCAAACCACAUUAUGCUAGUUUAGAGUUGCAAACUAUGCAUUGCAAAAGCAAAGAGAGGAAGAUUUUGAAUCCUUGUUCCUCCCUCCAAUCGCAGGUCAACGUAAUGCACAUGUAGUGUUUACUUGACAGAAAACGAGAAUAACUUUUGUAAUCAUAGUUUUAAGGGAAAAAAAGAAAAAAGAUAUAAGAAUUUAAUCUUCUGAUAUUUUCUAUGAUCUGAGCAUGCACCCGCAGUUGAAGGGAGGGGUUGGCAGAGGACUGUGGUGAAGACAUGGCGCGUACUCAGAUUUGUCCUGGUUACCUGUAUCAAACCUCAGGACGAGUACAGACAUGUCCUGCUGCCCUCCCCUCCCCCUUGCACCCAGCUAGUGUCCUUCCCUCACCCCCAAUUUGAGCCAAACUAUGAGAAAUGCACUGUUCAUAUGCUGAAGAAGAGACUGAGUUGGGGUUGUAAUCACUUCAAUCUUUAGGGAAACAUGUAGAUGUGGUAAACUUAAGUGCUUAGGAGUUUCUAGACACUUUGUAAGCCUCUAGGGCACUUUCUUGAGGUGCUGAAAAGAAAUUUCUUGAUGUGUUUUCUUUCCUUUUUUUUUCCUUUUGGGAGAUAUUGACUCAAUAGCAUAAAAGGGGUUUGUUUUAAGAUACGUUGCCAUAUAUCUGUCUGUCAGGAUAAAACUGCAUGAAAAAGAGGGCAGCUCGCAGUCUGGGUCAAAGGGGAGCAAAAGGGGAUCAGUGAGAGCUAAACCGAUUGAGGUGGGGUCCAACCUACAACCUUUGGCUCUACCCACUGAAUGUACAGAGGAACCAAUGCUGGCCUGCCCGCCCUUUUUAAUUUUCUCCAAUGCACUGACCCUGAUAGAGGUCAACAGAGCCAAGCACAGUCAAACUUGUUGGUGAAGAGCCGCUCCUUUGGGGCAUCUUCUCCCUUUUUGAAAUCAGUGGCAAACACGACCCUCUCCGCCUCUCACCUGUCUGCGUCCACUCCCCCCUCGUUCUGCGAGGCUCCCCCACCACCCCACUCCACCCCGCUGUAAAUAAACACGAGUCCGGUUGAUGGUAUGAGCCAAGUAUUUGUACAGCAGGGACCUUCUCCAACUGUCCCCUCUCAACAAGGCGCGGCUUACUACUGGAAUGUGUUUGCAUUUUGUUUUUCAAGAAAAAUAAAAACCACAGCUUAAAAAAAUUAAAAACCAACAAACAAAAAAAAAACACAUAAAAAAUUUAUCAACAAUAAUCAAAACGUUUGACAUGUUCUUCAACAGUUUGUGUUGCAAUGUAGUAACUGAGCACCAUUGAAGCCAACUAACUCUUCAGUGUAAAUAAAUGACUUAAAGAUAACUUUAGAUGAGUAAAAAACAAAGUGACACACGUAGGCUAGUUAACUUGUGGUAUGUGUUGCGCAUAUUUUUGUGUUUAUUUUUCUCUUUACUACCCUUUAUCACCCUGUAAAGAAAUGAAACAAAAAAAAAAUAUGGAAGUCUUUCUAUCCUUCUGUAACCUCUUAAUGUUACUUUGCGGUGAUUUUUCUCUUGUGCAUUUGUGAAAUAAUGCCUCUCAUUCUCUUUCUGUCCAUAUGAACAAAUGAUUAUAAAUAUUAUAUAUGUGUAAGUCCGUCCGCUGCUGAAUUAAUACUACUCUAUCCUGCUGUAUUAUCUUUCUUAUAAAAUGCUUUGCCCUCUCCCCACGCUACACCCCUGUGUUACUCUCUUAUUUUUAUGCUAAUAUUUAUAUUUCUGUUUUAUUUUCUCUUGGACACUGACAUUUCAAAUAAAAGAAAUCAUUUGAAAAACCUUA